CUCUCCUCCCUCUUCCGCGCUCCAACAAUUUUUAAGCGAAUCGACAUGAAGACCUCAGUUGUCGUCGUCGUCUUGAUGGCCUGUGCCGCCGUCUCUGCCCAGAUCCCGGCCGGUUGGAACUACAAUCCAUUCCUUUACUACCCGUUCACCGCACAACCAGCGCCCGUCCAGGAAACGGCCGAAGUUGCCGCCGCCCGUGCCGCUCACUUGGCAGCCCACACUUCCGCCGGAGGAUCCAACAACAGGGUGGUCGCCGUACAACCUGUACCCGUUUGGGAACAACCGGCAGGUGCCGUUUUGGACACUCCCGAAGUUUGGGCCGCCAAAGUUGAACAUUACCGCGCCCACUCGGCCGCCGCCGCUGCCAACGGAGUCGUCUCGACUCUUGCGCCUCUUCCGGUGGUCAGUUGGGGAGUCCCUCAGCCCGUCCAAGACACUCCCGAAGUAGCAGCUGCUCGUGCCGCCCACUUGGCAGCCCACGCCGCCGCCCGCGGUAAAAGAUCCAUCCAGCAGCAGGACACACCCGAAGUGAUGGCCGCCACCCUCGAGCAUUACCGGGCCUACAACGCCGCCGCUGCAGCUAACGGAAUCUUUAAAAAUCAACAUAAGAUGGCGCUAAUUGAUCGCAAAUUUGAUCGCAAGAUUUUUAUCAUGCGAUCCCGAUCCCGGUCGCGUUUUUGUAAAAUCAUCGCGAUCGCUGUCGCGAUCGCGGAAAAGUGA